GGCACUGUGGGAGUGAGGCCCAGUUCCCUGCGGCGGUCUAGGAGAAGCCAGGCCUGGAAGCCUCCGUUGAGACCAGAGAGACCCGGCGCCUCUACUGCCCACUGCCCAGUGAGUGUGCACCGGCCGAGCGGGCCAGGCUGGCCUCAGGUCAAGAUGGGGUUUAUAUUUUCAAAAUCUAUGAAUGAGAACAUGAAACGCCAACAGGAGUUCAUGCUUAUGAAUACUCGGCUUCAGCUGGAAAGGCAGCUCAUCAUGCAGAAUGAAAUGAGAGAAAGACAAAUGGCUAUGCAGAUUGCUUGGUCUCGGGAAUUCCUCAAAUAUUUUGGAACGUUUUUUGGCAUUGCAGGUGUUGCUUUAACAGCUGGAGCAAUAAAAAGGAAAAAGCCAGCCUUCCUCCUCCCUAUCAUUCCAUUAGGCUUUGUCUUUACCUACCAGUAUGACUUGGGCUAUGGAACCCUGCUACAAAGAAUGAAAGGUGAAGCUGAGAACAUACUGGAAACAGAAACGAGUAAGUUGCAGCUGCCAAAAGGAAUGAUCACUUUUGAAGGUCUUGAAAAAGCAAGAAGGGAACAGAGUAAAUUCUUCAUAGAUAAAUGAAAUCAUGUUUACCCAGAACUUCUCAAAACACAGAAUUGUUGACUUGAAUCAUGGCCUUUACAAUUUUUAAAUACUUGAGGUUUUGAUAUAAUGGAUUUUAUUUUAAAAUAAUAAAAUGCAAGAUGAGUUUUGUUAAACUAUUUUAAAAUAAAAUUUGUAACAUUCAACACAAAAUCAUGGAAGUACUAUAAAUAACUUUCAGAUUUCCUAUAUAUGUGUGUAUAUUACAAAUAUCUAAAUGUAAAAUUAAUAAACUACAUUGUUGUGAAUUCCUGGAA